AUGUCGCAGCAGCACUCGCUGAAGCCGUCAGAGCUCAUCGACCUGCUGCUCGAGGCGGCGCGCGGGGGGGCGCCCUUGGACUGGCCGAAGCUCGCGUUUGAGGCUGAGCGCUUCGCCUCGGAUGAUGGGUCGGUCCCGGCGUCCGAGGUCGCGGCCGCCGUCGACGCGUGGCUGGCGGCGAACCCGGGUGCGCCGCCCAACCGCGACGGCACGCCGCGGCGGAAGCUGAUAAGGGAGGGGCUGCUCGCGCACCCGCAGCUGGGGCCGCGGCUGCGGGCGGCCGAGGAGGCCGAGGGGGGCGGGGGGCUGAGUGGGACGUACGCGCUGAUCUCGCUCGCGCUGGGGGCGCGUGCUGCGGGGGUCCGCCUGCAUUGA